GUACUCUGAACAUAACCCAAAAUUUAUAACAAGAAAUGUAGGCAUUCAUUUGAUAUUUCGAUUAUUAUAUAGUAAGAUUUUGAUUUAUUUCAAAGAAAAAUGGAAGUACCCGACUUCGAUUUAUCAACCAAUUUUGGAACAUGUUCCUCCUACUCAAGCUUUUACAAAAACAAUGGCUUCCUAAAACUUUCUCAAAAACAGAGGAGACAAGCUUUCCUCGAAAAUCAAAAGGAAAGACGGCAUCAGUUGACCGACAAAAACCGGGAACAAUGUGAAGAGUUCAUCAAACUUUUGAAAACCUCUAUUGAAGAUGACCUAAUGGAAUGUGAUAGUUCUGGUUACUCGACCAGAGUUAAAAUGAAAAAGUUCCAACUUAUGUUGUCAGAAUGGUUGACUGAAAUUCCUGAAGAUCUUGACGAAAAUUGGAUCGUUAAAUUUGCACCUGAAGGCUUUAGAGUUCUGCUCGUGGCACACAGCCGCAAUACUCUUUGUUACAAUAAAAACGGAAGAGUUGUCUUAAAAUUGAGGAGUAAUUUUCCAGGCGGGAGAAAUACAGAAGGUAAAGGACUCACUGUUCUGGAUUGUAUUUACAAUAAAACCCUCAAAACAAUCUUUGUGUUGGAUUGCUUGUUUUGGAAUGCAAUGUCACUACUGGAGGCUGAAGUAAAUUUCCGCUUCUUUUGGUUGAAGUCAAAGUUUGAAGAUAAUCCUGAAUUGGUACUUUGUAGCAGAUAUAAAUUUGUUCUAUUAGAAAGUAUCCCAGCUCAAAGGCCUCUAAUUCAAGACAGAAUGUUCAGUCCCUUUCUAGUAGGAGAUCAGCGGUUAUACAUUGACGGUGUUGUUUUCUAUCAUAAGGAAUCUCAUUAUGUUUUUGGAUCUACCCCGCUUGUAGCCUGGUUAGCAUCUUAUAUGCUACCAGAAAUGUUGAAUAUUGAUGUUCCUUGUGAAGAUAUGGCAAGAAAACCUAAAGGUUAUAUUUGUCAACAGAGUUACCUUAUUGAACUCAAAUCAAAAAGAAAAAAGAAGACAGGCAUGGAUAUACUCGAUGCUGAAAUGGAACUGCAGUAAAUUUACAAAAUGUUUAUAUUUUAUACCAUUGUGAGCUUGAAAAGUAUGUUUUUAUUUAUAAAAAUAAUGUACACAGAAUUAUGGAGAACCUUUUUAAAUAAAACACACUUGAGAGUUUGUUACGAAAGUAACAAGUGACCUUGAGGAAAAACAGUA